CGUUCACUUCCAUCAUACUAACUUUGAAGUCCACACCUGUGCGUUAAAUGAUUUAGUUGUCGAAGCUUACUCUGAAAUUUCUGUAUAUUCAAGGCUGUGCAAACAAAUAAGUCGUACCUAUAGUUGCCGAAACUUCUUCCUGAGGUAGAAAAGUGUCAUCUGUGAAUCGUAAAAGUAGAGAGCUUUUUCCGACAUUGGAAUUGCCAAUCAGUAAUAACUUUAAAUAAUUGUUAUAAAAGGAUUCACAAAAGUAAAGAAAGAAAAUGCACCAGAUCAUUGACUCAACAAGAACAACAAUAUACAAAAUCCGCACGUGACGGGUCUUAUGCAAACCAUAAACUAUACCGACUUGAUAAGACGCUCUCGCACUCCAAAAAAUUUGGGGUAGCUGAUGUUUCAUAAAUUACAUUCUCUGUAUAUAAAAUCUCUGUAUAAACGCUUAUUAACGGAGGGAUCAUUAUUCUUUGAUGAAAGGGCAAGACUUUAUGUUCGAAAUCGAGUUAGAUCAAGUUUUGGCAACUAUAAAUCGUGUACAGAUCUCGAACGAGUUAAAUCAAAAAUAAAAGAAGCUAGAAAGCAAUUACAUAGGCUGGAAAAAGCAAACAAGGGUUGCCAGAAAAGUGCUAUCAAGGUUCUGGAAGAAGUCUACGGUUUGAAAGGCAAAGUCAGACAUGGCCUACUUUAUCCUUAUCUGAAAGCACAUCGUCCUGCCAACUUCAAAAUCGAAUUUGAUCCGUUUGUUCCUCACGUUCCUCGGACUGCACCACCACCUAAGCUCUGUAAACCAUUACAAGUCCUGAUUCAAAAGCAUCUUCAGAAAAAAAUCGAACCUAUUUUGCCAGUGCCGGCUUAUAAACCAUUGCAUCCAGGACGGAGAGCAAAUUUAUUAUGGCGUUAUCGGUCCAUGCUGUUAAAUAGAGUUUCUGUACCUCUACCUUUCGAAAUUAUAUGUGAAUUAGAAUCAAAAGCAGGUGCGCCCAAAGAUCACCCACUAUCCUGCAGUUCAUUAGGUAAAGGUGGCCCCAAGUGGGACGACUUUUAUUCAUCAAUAGAGAAUGCUGUGAUAAUGAUGUUGCAUUUGCAACCAAAUAUCAAGUUACCAGCGCGAUCGAACCUACUCAGAAAAGAAACAUUAUUUGAUUCUCCUUAUUCAAAAGUACGAACGCCUACACUGGUAGAGUUUUUGGAAGAAAAGAAAGGCAAUGGACGAGAGCAGAAAGCUAUUGCGUUUGAAUACACACCAAGACGAAAAAGAAGAUUAUAUCAACGUCUGUUAGCAAAAAUUCCACUUAUUGACACAUUUAAAGCGACGGAACUAUGGGAAAACACUAAAACCUACACUAUCAGUAAAUCACAUUGGGCGCCUCAGGUUGUUCAUCAAUUGUUAGAAGACGUUCCUAGCCAAGAGAUUAGAGACGCUACAUUAGCGACGACUAAUAAAAAGACUAGACGCAACAGAAAAAAGUAAACUCGAGAACUAGCUCCAUUGCUUUCCGACAUAAUCCAAACAUGACUCAAUAUUGUCAUGCAGUGACAAUCGAAUCUUAGUCAGUUUCUCGUACACUUAAUCCAAUUCAUUGGGAUGCUUUUGUUUUCUGCAGCUCUCAUGGUUUUUAUCGAGAUAGAAUACACUGCAAUUCUUUCAUGGCCAUUUUGAUAGCAAUAAUUUGCGAUAAUAUGUGUUUAAUGUGAGAUAUGUCAU